AUGAAUUUGGAGAUUGGCGUAGUCAAUUCGGGCCCUAUUUCACCCCCUCAGGGUGCGAAUUGCGAAGCAGAUGAGACACCUUGUUUAUUGGGUGAGGAGGCAGCCAAUCCAUUACUCAAUAGCAAUGAGGUGAAUGACACAUCGCGGCUUGUAGAUGAUACCGAGGGAAAUUUUGCGUUUGAGCCCAUUGAGCUGACUAUGGCUGAGGUUCAAAGUUCGGGUCUAGUGGAACAUCUGCCCCCAGAAGUUCUUCUUGCAGUGUUUUCUCACUUGGACGACGUAAGUUUAUGGUCAGCAGCAAACGUCUGUCGUAGAUGGUAUGGGCUACUACUAACCCAUGUGCCACACCAGCAGUGGCAGCAACAUGUCCAACUCCGAUGGCCCUUGCACAAGCCCAUUGGACACGUGGAGAACUGGUACAAAACUUAUGACUAUUUGGCCUCAUCUGCUCCCUGUAGAACUUGUUUAGCACAAAUGUGCCUCAAGUCGAGGCCUGCAGGGAUCCAAGAUACCUCUUGGAGAAGGAAUCGACUGAGGAUGGAGCUGAAGAGCCUGCGGAUCGACCCUCCUGAGGGAAUUGAAGCUACCCCACUUGACAGUAUGCAUUGUCACUGGCAGGCGACUAUCACUGGACCGAUUGGGAGCCCUUACGAGGGAGGACUCUUCUAUUUGUAUUUGCAAGUACCCCACAGGUAA